UUUGUAUGUUUGUUUUGGGAACCGUUUUGCAGCGCCUUUUUAAGAAUAAUCCAUUCUAAUGUCCCAGCGACCGCUACAGAUUCGCGACGACAACGGCGAGCCCGGCUGCAAGACGACCGAUGAACGCCAUCAACGCUUUCGCCAUUUCUGGGAUCCUUCAGCCUACUGGCAAUGUGGCGCUACUCCAGACCAGCCCGCACAAAUCAAACAUUGCGCCAGCAAUGAGCUUUACUAUGAUGUGGCAAAGAGUUGUGUGAAAUGGAAGGACUGGAAAUGGACCGAGCCACAGGAGCCACCCACAAAGCCCGAUAAAUAAAUGUUUCGAAAAAUACCCGCAUAUCUGUUUAAUACAUUCAUGUGCAAUCAUCUCAUCCCCCAACCCCAUCCCCAGGCCAACUCCUCUCCACAGACACACCCCACCCCCAACGCACAUUUACAGAACAAAUUGUCGAAAAUUUAAUUAAAAAACACUUUU